GGCUGCUGGACGCCUGGUGUCAAGACCGCAUCCCGGGCCUGCGCCUCCAGUUUCCUGAGCAGAACACGCCCGGGGUCUUGUGGUUCCAGAUGGUAUCAGAGGAUCUUAAAAACUGGAUGGAUGUCAAACUGGUGCCUGCCUUUGACGCCCUGGGGACGCUGAGUCCUGGAAUCAAACCCAAACCUGAGGUCUACGCAACCCUCCUCAACAGCGGCUGCCAGGACGGUGAGCACGCGGCCUGCUUUGCUGAGCUGCGGAGGAACUUCGUGAACACUCGCCCGGUCAAACUCAAGAACCUGAUCCUGCUUGUGAAGCACUGGUUCCGCCAGGUGUUCCACGAGGAGGCGCAGAGCAGGCGGCUGCCCCCGGUCUACGCCCUGGAGCUGCUGACCAUCUUCGCCUGGGAGCAGGGCUGUGAGAAGGACGCCUUCAGCCUGGCCCAGGGGUUCCGGUCCGUCCUGGGCCUGAUCCAGCAGUACCAGGGCCUGCGUGUUUUCUGGACCGUCAACUACAGCCUCGAGGACCCUACAGUCGGGGAUUUCUUGCGCAGGCAGCUGGAGAGACCCAGGCCUGUGAUACUGGACCCUGCUGACCCCACAUGGGACCUGGGCAGUGGCACAGCCUGGCACUGGGAUGUGCUGGCCCAGGAGGCCCGGACGUGCUGUCACCAUCCGUGCUUUCUGGAGGCAUCUGGGAGCCCCGUGCAGCCCUGGGAGGGGCUGGGCCUCCCACGUGCUGGGUGCUCCGAUUUGGGCCACUGUGUCCUGCGAGACUCUGACCAGGGGACCCCUGCGGACAGCAGGAGCCUGGACGACACUGUGUGUCACUGGGCAGGGGACAGCCGACCCGUGAGUCCAGCCCUGGAGCCCGCCACAGCCGCCAGCAGCGCCUCGUCGGCCCUGGGCGCAGCCUCGGCCUCUGCCCUGGCCCAGGUCCCCGCCAGGGAGCUGGACCGCUUCAUCCAGGACCAUCUGCAGCCCAACCCACGGCUCCAGGAGCAGGCGAAGAGGGCCAUCGAGGUCCUCCAGCGCUGCCUCCACAAGAACUGCGCCUACAGGCCCUCGAGGGUCAUCAAGGGUGGCUCCUUCGGCAGGGGCACGAACCUCCGGGGUGGCUGCGACGUUGAGCUCAUCCUCUUCCUCAACUGCUUCAAGAACUUCGAGGACCAGGAGCGCCACCGAGGGGAGAUCCUCAAGGAGAUGCGGACACAGCUGGCAUCGGGGUGGCAGGACCCAGUCCCCGGGCUGUGCCUUACGUUUCCUGAGCAGAACACACCUGGCGCUCUGCAGGUCCAGCUGGUGUCUGCCGCCCCAGAGACUUGGGUGAAUGUCAGCCUGCUGCCCGCCUUUGAUGCCGUGGGGCAGCUCGGAGCCAACACCAAACCUCAGCCCCAGGUGUACACGGCCCUGUUCAACAGCGGCGGCCACGACGGCCAGCACGCGGCCUGCUUCGCAGAGCUUCGCAGGAACUUCGUGAACACGCGACCCGCCAAGCUCAAGAACCUCAUCCUACUGGUGAAACACUGGUACCAUCACGUGGCAGCUCAAAAUCAAGAGCAGCCAGGCCCCUCUCUGCCCCCAGCCUAUGCCCUGGAGCUCCUGACCAUCUUUGCCUGGGAGCAGGGCUGUAAGAACCACAGUUUCAACAUGGCCCAAGGCCUGCGGACUGUUCUGGGGCUGGUCCAGCAGUACCAGGACCUUUGUGUCUACUGGACGGACAACUAUGGCACUGAGGACCCAGCCCUGAGAACACACCUUCUUGGCCAGCUUCGGAAACCCAGGCCUCUAAUCCUGGAUCCUGCUGACCCCACCUGGAACGUGGGCCAAGGCAGCUGGGAGCUGUUGGCCCAGAAUGCAGCAGCCCUCGAGACCCAGGCCUGCUGUAUGAGUGGGGACAGAACCCCUGUGCCACCCUGGGAUGUGCUGCCAGCUCUCCUCCACCAGACCCCAGCUAGGGACCUGGACAAGUUCAUCAGCCGGUUUCUCCAGCCCAACCGCCACUUCCUGGCUCAGGUGAACAAGGCCGUCAACACCAUCUGCUCGUUCCUGAGGGAAAACUGCUUCCGGAAUUCUCCCAUCAAAGUGCUCAAGGUGGUCAAGGGUGGCUCUUCAGCCAAAGGCACCGCUCUGCGAGGCCGCUCGGACGCCGACAUCGUGGUGUUCCUCAGCUGCUUCUCCCAGUUCACUGAGCAGGGGAACAAGCGGGCGGAGAUCAUCUCCGAGAUCCGGGCCCAGCUGGAGGCCUGUCAGCAGGAGCAGCAGUUUGAAGUCAAGUUUGAAAUCUCCAAGUGGGAGAACCCCCGGGUGCUGAGCUUCUCCUUGACAUCCCAGACGAUGCUGGACCACAGUGUGGACUUUGACGUGCUGCCAGCCUUUGAUGCGCUAGGCCAGCUGGGGGCGGGCUCCAGGCCCCCACACGCACAGGUCUACAGGGACCUCAUCCGCAGCUACCACUGCGCCGGCGAGUUCUCCACCUGCUUCACAGAGCUGCAGCGCGACUUCAUCGUCUCCCGCCCCACCAAGCUCAAAAGCCUGAUCCGGCUGGUGAAGUACUGGUACCAGCAGGUCCAGGGCCACAAGAUGCCCAAGGGGAAGGGCUCCCUGCCCCCCCAGCACGGGCUGGAGCUCCUCACCGUAUACGCCUGGGAGCAGGGCGGCCAGGACCCCCAGUUCGGGAUGGCCGAGGGCUUCCGCACGGUCCUGGAGCUCAUCACGCAGUACCGCCAGCUCCGCAUCUACUGGACCGUCAACUACAGCGCCGAGGACGAGACCAUCGGGGACUUCCUGAGACAGCAGCUUCAGAAGCCCAGACCCAUCAUCCUGGACCCGGCUGACCCGACGGGAAACCUGGGCCACAGCGCCCGCUGGGACCUGCUGGCCAAGGAAGCCGAGGACUGCAUGUCUGCACUGUGCUGCACGGACAGGGACGGCACUGCCAUCCGGCCGUGGCCAGUGAGGGUGCUGAGCUCCCUGGGUGGGGACCCUGAGUACCAGGGAGGGCGGGUCGUGAGCCCUAGGACGCACCUGGCGCCCGGGAGCCCCCGCGUAGCCCCGCGGGCUGCGCUUAGCUGGCGGCUGGUUCCCGCGCAGAGGCGGCGGGACAGGCUCGGCUGCGUUUCCGUCCUCAGGCGGCCGCGGGGGCGGAGCUGCGCGGGCUUCGCUUUCCUUUUCCCCAGCGCAAAGCGGGGCGCAGGGCACAGAGCGCAGGGCCGCGGUCAGCAGGGCGCCAUGGGCAACUGGGAGUCGCAGGUGUCCUCGGUGCCCGCCCCGCAGCUGGACGAGUUUGUCCAGAGGCACCUGAAGCCCUCCGAACCCUGUCGGAAGCAGAUCCAGGGGACGGUGGAGACCAUCUGCGCUGCCCUGAAGGAAAUCCAGCCCUUCCCCGUGGUGCAGAGCGUGGCCAUGGGUGGCUCCUAUAGCCGGGAAACGGUCUUGAGAAACCACUCAGAUGGUACCUUCGUCCUCUUCCUCGACCACUUGGCAAAAUUCCAGGACCACAAGAAAAACCAACAGGAAAUCCUCGACAUCAUUGAGCAACAGCUCAAGGCCCGUCUGCUCGCCCACAGGCUGACAGCCUGGUAUCAGAUCCUGAGACUCGGAGGGCAGCUCCACAUCGAGGUGUCCACCAGGUGGCAGACUGUCUCCUUUCAGGUGCUGCCUGCCUUCAAUGCUCUGGGCUUCAGUGAGAAUCCCAGCCCCUGGAUCUACAGAGAUCUCAAAAGAGCCAUGGAUGAGACCUCUGCCUACCCAGGAGAAUUCUCGGUCUGCUUCGCAGAGCUCCGGAAGAAGUUUUUCAGCAAGUAUCCCAGAAAACUGAAGGACUUGAUUCUCCUGAUAAAGUACUGGUACCAGCAGUGCCAGAAAAAAUGGGGGAUUUCCUCCUUGUUCUCGGAGUAUGCCCUGGAGCUCCUCACGGUGUACGCCUGGGAGCAGGGGUGCGGAGCUGAGGACUUCGACAUGGCCCAGGGCGUCCGCACUGUCUUGGGGCUGAUCGAGCAGAAGGACCUCCUGUGCGUCUACUGGACAGUCAACUACGACUUUGAGGACGAGACCGUCAGGAAUGUCCUCCUGCAGCAGCUCCGAUCUCAGAGGCCGGUCAUCCUGGACCCUGCUGACCCCACCAACAACGUGAGCACACGGGGUGUACCCUGGCCGCGUCUGAAGGAGGAAGCCGGGCUCUGGCUCUCUUCUCUCCAGCAGAGCGGCGAGGCGCCGAGGCUCUCCUGGAAUGUUCUGCCAGCACCACUCUUCAUGACCCCCGGCCACCUUCUGGACAAGUUCAUCAAGGACUUUCUGCAGCCCAACAAAGACUUCCUGGAUCAGCUCCACAGAGCCGUGGACGACAUCUGCACAUUCCUUAAAGAAGAUUGCUUCCGACACUCGACCACCAAGGUCCAGAAGGUCAUCAAGGGAGGGUCAGCCACCAAAGGCACGACCCUGAAGAUCGGUUCCGACGCCGACCUGGUGGUGUUCCCCAGCACACUUCAGAGCUACACCUCCCAGAGAAACGAGCGGGGCAGGGUUGUCCAGGAGAUCCGCAGGCAGCUGGAAGUCUGGCAGCAGAAGACGCAGUUCGAAGUGACGUUCGAGAUGUCCAAGUGGAAGGCCCCCAGGGUGCUGAGCUUCUCUCUGAAAUCCAAAAAUGUCAACGAAAGUGUCGACUUUGACGUGUUGCCCGCCUUUAACGCACUAGGUCAACUGCAUUCCGGCUCCACACCCGGACCCCAGGUCUACGCGGGGCUCAUCGAUCUGUACAGAUCCUCUGACCUCCCGGCGGGAGAGUUUUCUACCUGUUUUACCGAACUGCAGCGCAAUUUCAUCGUCUCCCGGCCCACCAAGCUGAAGAACUUGAUCCGCCUGAUGAAGCACUGGUACAAACAGUGUGAAAGAAAACUGAAAUCCAAGGGGUCUCUGCCCCCGAAGUACGCCCUGGAGCUGCUCACCAUCUACGCCUGGGAGCAGGGCUGCGGGUCGGAGAGUUUCCACACUGCUGAAGGCUUCCGGACAGUCCUGGAUCUGGUCACAAAGUACCAGCAGCUCUGCAUCUUUUGGAAUGUCAACUACAACUUCGAGGACGAGACGAUGCGCACGUUCCUUCUGACCCAGAUCCAGAAAACCAGGCCUGUGAUCUUGGACCCAGCAGACCCCACGGGUGACGUGGGAGGUGGGGACCGCUGGUGCUGGCAUCUCCUGGCCAAAGAAGCCAGGCAGUGGCUGUCGUCUCUCUGCAUGAGAGAUGGGGCCGGAAACCCCGUGCAGCUGUGGAAUGUGCCAACAGUGCAGACGCCGGGCAGUUGCGGAGCUGGGCUCUACCCUGCUGUCUGGGUCAGAAGCCGCUCCAUCCUGAGGUGACGCGCUAGAAGACCUUCUAAGGCCAUCUGGAAAUUGCUCUGGAAGAAUCCGGUCCCCCAGGCUCGCUCCACCCUACUGGGCCCCGCCUCUCCUGCCCGGUGUCUUGGACCCCCUGAAAACAAGGCUGCAGAGCCCUUUCCCGACUCCCACCCGGUUGGACCCCAUGAGGCCGGUGACCACCUUGAAAAGCCUCGGCCCCCAGCCGCCCUCUCUACACCCCUCAAGGACCCUCGCUGCACCCCCAGAGUCAGGCUCUUCUCCUGGCCCUUGGUCCCUUCACUCUGAGCUGUUCUCACAACCUCCCAGCUCAGCCACCAUCUGUCUGUCCCCUUCCCUCCACGCACAGACCCUCCCUGCCCCACGGCUGUGGUGUCCCCCAGCCGGCUGCCCGCCAGCCCUGUCCUGCCAUGGUCAGCUCCCCAGGGCUGUUCCUCCCCCCACCUACUGCCUGUCUUCCCACCCGCCCAGGAGACAACAAAGCAUCCAGCCGGCCUUUGUGCCCAGGGACUGGCAUAGAACUUCAAAACCAAAGAAUUUCCUGACAAAAGUGUCUUUUGCAUUCAUAACAAACCCCCUCCACCAUCCCUGAAUUUCAGCUAAGAAGGUGACUCCCAGCUGGUGCAGUGGCGCACACCUGUGACCCCAGUGACUUGGGAGGCUGAGGCAGGAGGAUCGAAAUUCAAGGCCAGCCUUAGCAACUUAGUGAGGUCCUUUCUCAAAAUAAAAAGGGCUGGGGGUGUAACUCAGUGAUGGAGCAUCCCCAGGUUCAAUUCCCAGUACUGCAAGAAGAAAGGAGGAGGAAGAGCCUCAGAGACCCCAGGGGCACUUAGAGCAUGUGGAGGGGGGCUUCCCGAGCCAGAAAGACCUCCCUCGUAAUUAAAGGGCUAGAGCUUUCCACACCCCCGAUCUUCAGGAAGCAGAGGGAACUAGAGAUUGAGCUCAGUUGUGCGGUCAGUGAUCUAACCAAUCUUGCCCAAAUAAUGGGGUCCAAUAUGAACUUCUGGGUCAUGAGGCUUUGGAGCUUCCUGGUGGGCAAACACUACAGUGUCUCAGGAGGGUCGCAUGUCCCAACACCAGGGGGACAGAGCUCCUGACCUCAGCGUGCUCCUGGAUUGGCUGUACCCUGUCUCUCUCUAUCUGGUUGUUCACUCAUGUUCUUUAUCAUAAAGUGGUGAUUGCAAGCAAA